AUGUCUCACCUGAAGACGGUGAAGGUGCGGCAUGCAAGGGAACAGCAUGCGCUGCAACCUAUUGCUAGGAUGCGCUUGGACGGCUUGGUACAUGGCCGACCUGCGCCACCUCGACUCGUCUAUCACCUGCCGAUAGAUUUAUCAACGUCCCCGUCUUUGCCACCGUUGGGCGAAACAGCGUGGGAUAGAGAUCAUGAUCGAAGCCGGGAGAGGAACCGGGAUCGCGAGAGGGUGCGGGAAAGGAGCGGCGAGAACGAGAGGGAACGUCAACAGGAAAGAGAAUCCGCGAUCAGAGAGAGGGAGGUGCGGGAUCGGGAAAGGGAACGCGAUCGCGACAGGCAAAGGGACAGAGAAAGAGAUCGGGAAAGAGACGUAUCGGUCUGCAUGAUGGAACCACCCGAGUCUGUCUUCAUCUCCCCUACUGCGGCCCUUCUCGCGUUGCAGAGGAUAAAGGACGCUUCUCUCGUGUUCCACAAACGUCCGGCGCUGGCAGCGGGUAUCGGUUUGGGUGGCAGAGGAAACGCCGGCGUUGGCGGAAACGGCGGCAAUUUAGGUGUCGAUGGCGAAUGCGGCGAUGCGCUGAAGAGACGCAAAGUUCAUAGAUGCGACGUUGCUGGCUGCGACAAAGUUUACACGAAGAGCUCGCACUUAAAAGCGCACAAGAGGACUCAUACUGGCGAGAAGCCAUAUCAGUGCACGUGGGAAGGCUGCACGUGGAAAUUCGCACGAUCGGAUGAGCUGACGCGGCACUAUCGCAAACACACGGGCCAAAAGCCGUUCAAGUGCCAUCUCUGUCAGCGAUCGUUUUCGCGGAGUGACCACUUGUCGCUCCACAUGAAGAGGCACUGAUGAUGAGGACCGCCUAGAGCAUCGAUGUGAGAGAAAGCGCACGCCGAUCUGCGGAAGGAA